AGGCUGACUGCAGACAAGUUGUGUUGUGUUCGAUGGUAUAUUCAUACAGUGACGAAUCUUGUCUUGCAAAUACCUACUGUAUUCCGAAGAACCUGUCGUCUGCACGGUGGUUGUCAAAGCGCUUGAACGAAGACACCAUUCGGAGAAAAAUGUCAAAAAUUGAAGAAGGAAAUGCCCAUAUACGGCAAGCUGAGAAAAGCUUAAAAACAUCAUUGUUAAAAUGGAGACCUGACUUUGAACUUGCGGCCGACGAAUAUACGAGUGCUGCAACUUGCUUUAAAGUAGCAAGGUCCUAUCAACAAUGUAAAGAAUGUUUGAUGAAGGCUUCUCAUUGUUAUAAGGAAAAUAGAUCAUGGUUCUAUGCUGCAAAGAAUAUUGAACAAGCUGUAUUAGUAUGCAAAGAAAUGGGAAAUCUUGCGGAGGUGCCAAAACUGGCACACAGUGCUUGCUCUUUAUAUCAAAUGCAUGGUUCACCUGAAUCUGGUGCAAGUGUACUUGACAAAGCAGCAAAGAUAAUAGAAGCUAGUAAUCCACAAGAAGCACUAGAACUAUACAAACGGGCUGCUAGUAUUGUCAUGGGUGAGGAUAGUCCACGUCAAGCAGCGGAGUACACAAGUAAAGUGGCAAGAUUGCUAGUGAAAUUACAAAUGUAUGACGAAGCUGCAGAUGCAGUUCGCAGAGAAAUUGGAAUGCAUCAACAAAUAGAUCAUGCGCCUUCUGUGGGAAGAUUAACUGUGGCAUUGGUAUUAGUACAAUUAGCUCGAGGCGAUCAAGUAGCAGCUGAGAAAGCUUUUAAGGAAUGGGGAAAUUAUUGCGAAGCUCCUGAGGUAAAUACAUUAGAAAUGUUACUACAAGCAUAUGACAAUGAAGAUGCAGAUGCUGCAAAAGCAGCUUUAAAUAGUCCUUUUAUAAAACACAUGGAUGUGGAAUAUGCUAAGUUAGCUAGAGGUUUGCCUUUACCACAACAAGAAUAUGCGAUAUCACCACCAGGAGUAAGAGCGAAUGCAGCUGAAUCAUAUUCAUCUCCUAACGCAACAAAGUUAUUGGAUGAAACUGCUAAUGAUGGUCAAAGCCCAAGUAAUAAUGCACCAGAAAAUAUUACUGAGAAACCAUUAGAAAACAAAGUGUUGGAAUCUGUUGAAAAAGAUGUAGAACAACUAUCAAUUUCAAAGAAAGUAGAAGAAGACGAAGAAGGUGAUGAGUAUGAAGAGGGCAUUUGUUAAGAUCAAUGUAAUUUGUAUCUUAAGAUAAACUCACUUUAUUUUAUGAGAAGUACUAUAUCAUGUUAUCUUCAAGACAUAUUUAAUGCCUAAAAACCAUUCUUUGUAGGCAAGCUUAUUAUAUAUGCGUAUACUUGUAAAUCUCAAACUUGUUAAACAUUGCACAUUAUUGGCUUCGUAAAAAGAUCGCCAGAUUCUUAAAAAAAUUACAUAUGGUAUGUUAUAUUCUUAGAAGUAUUUUCAGAAAUGUGAUAUUCAUGACAAAAUUUCACUCAUUUAAAACUAUUGUUGUAUUUAAUAUUUUAAUACAAAGUUUUCUGCGUGAAUUAUGAAAAAUGUUUCCACAGAAAGUUAGUGUAUAAUACGUAUGCAUUUAUGUUUGAUAGAAUUAUGUAAACAUCUCACGCAUAAACUUUUCAUAUACUCAAGUCAGCUUUGUAAAUAUUAUGUUUUUUAGUAUUCAAACAACACCAGCUAUGUAUAAAUUGAUAUAAAUCGAAAUACAAAUACAAAGUCAAUAAAAUCAUCUAUAUGAGAUAAAAAUA